CGUGUGCCAGGUGGGCGGUGCAGCCCCCCUUCCCCAGCCCUGGAACGCCGGGUGGUUGGGUGGAGCAGUCCCCCCCAAUCCCAGAGCACAGGCCAGCCCCCAUUAGCCCCAACCGUAGCCUCGGGCCAUGGGGAGGGUGGGGGAAAGAGCCCCCCUCAGCACAGCGCCGGGAAGCAGGAAGGAGCCUGAGGGCAGAGCGUGGGUGGGGCCAUGCAAGGUUGUUUGGGGAGGCUCAGCCUUCCCCAGCCUUCGAUACCUGUGCCGCCCAUGAUUUUGGAGUUGUUAUAGUGAAAAAAGCAUCAGGAUUAGCUAGAGCCUGAGUCUUAGGAGAGAAAGAGGGAGUGGAGUUAAACAGGGCCUAGGGAUUGUUGGUUUAAAUAAUAGAAAGAAUGAUAAUAUUGUCAACAGUAGUAGAGAAGGUAGGUAAAAGAGAAGGAUAAGGAGGAAAGAAAUAAGGUUUGUUCUGACUUGUUGACCAUGAGAUGGUGACAGUGCAUCCAGCAGGAGAAGUCGAAUGAGAUAGACAUGUUGAGACUGGACAAAAGAAGGGAGUUCAGGAAUAGAGCGAGAAAUGGGGGUGCCAUCAUUGUAGAAAUGGUCAUUGAAGUUAUGGGAGAAUAUGAGUGUCAUGGUUAUAGGUCGACCUGCACCUCUAACCCCCUUCCUUGUUUUUUUCUGAGAUCACACUUCAAGUGUUAAGCCUGACGUCCUUACCUGUUCUGAGGUGGAAUCUCACAAUUCUUCCCUCCAUAGAGCAGGCCCUGGGCUACCAUUCCUUGGUUUGGCCCCAGCAAUUCUUCCCUUUGGGAGCUUGUGGUCAGCACUGAAUACAGUGACUAGCCAACUAUCUUAAAACAAAAUAAUGUUUAAUCUUAAUAAUAGAAACACAGCAAAGCAGAAGAGAAAAAGGAUUUUAACACAAUAAACAGUCUGUAUGCCUAGCUCUCUUAUGGAAGGCUUACCAUUCCCCUGGAAUCUCAACUGCUUCAUACCUCCUCAGCUGGGCCGGUGUCUAUGUCACCCUGUUCCUCAGGAACAGCCCUUGACAACUGACUCCCCCUCUCCCAACAACUCACUUUAGACAUGGCCAGAAGGAAUUUGUUAAUGACCUUCAUGAGUAGCCUUGUUGGAGUGGGAGUGAUGUGAGAAAAAUCCAGGAUGGAGGUACUCCUUGGAUAUAUCCAUAGGAACAGCAGUGUCCGAAAUGGAUUAGCCAUUUAAACAGUCCAAUUAAAAAAGAUGUGAUUGGGGCAAACUUGAUCCUUCUCUACAGUUCAAAACUCUCAUGUGUGGGUUUACGAACCUAUGUGGAAGGUUAGCUAAAACUGUGUCUUGUUUAAACAGCUACCCUUUUUUAAUAUCGCUGAUUUUGUAUGGGCUGUAUCACGUCUGUGUAUGCUUGAACUGUUCUUUUAAAAUGUGGCGCUUUUUUUUAUCUGUGUAGUAUUUUGGAUUGUACUACACCUAUAAGAUGAGCUGGGUAAAGACAACGUGGCAAUCUUAACCCUGAAUUUCUUACUUUUGCAGGUUUAAAUACAGAGAAAUGUCACUAUUUUACAUUGUUGUCAUAUUAUUUAGUAGAGCAAAUUAAGCCUGUUAAAUGCUAUUAGGAAGCAAUUUUUAUUUAACUUAGGGAAUGAAGAAUCACCAUUUAUCCUAAUGGCCAAAUUGCCACUUGCUAGAGCUCUUAUAACAAAAGUAUUUGGCAAGAGCUCAUUUCGCUGCAGUUUGACCUUCCAGCUGCAGUGUGUAGAGUCACUUAAAGGCCAUAGCGAAAAAAGUACAACUCUAUGUCAUCUAUCCUCUUACUUUGUGAAUGAAAAUGCGUCAUCAGCUUCCCACCUGGGACUCAUAUUAAGAACUGUGCAUAUUUGGAUUGAUUCAUGCAUACCAGAAACAGGUACAACCCUGUUAUCUGCAACAGAUCCAGAAGUAAACUCAUCUUCAACAGCUUCAUCUCAGGGCAUCACAGAGACGCCUACUGCUACUGAGUCACCAAAACCCCAAAUAUCUCGGAAGACCUUUCGCAUAAAAUGUGUAACGGAAACCAUUUUACCAACAGUACAGACUAUUUUGGAAAGUGAAGAGGAGAUGGCAGUGCCUAAUGGAAACCAAGCUGCCUUUACAAAUGAUAGUGUUGUAUUUGGAGGUGUACCCAUUGCACUCCUGGUACUGGCACUCAUCUUCUUUGUGGCAUCGGCUGUUCUUGCAGUCUGCUAUAUCAAAAAGUACAAGAGAACCCGCCCAUUUUCAAACAAGAAGCCCCAAAAAGAAAGGAUUGAAGCCAAAGUCAUCAAAGACGCUAAGUCAAUUGACAAUACUCCUGAGAAGGAAUCAAAGAAUAAUGGGAAAAAAGCAGAAGAGCCUCAAACCAAGCCGGAGGCCACAGUAAAAUGUAUGGAAGCAGAAGUUUGAAAGGAUAAAUAUAACAGCAAGUUUUACAGAUUUAAAAUGAAGAAUGCAGAAUUAGCAAAACAGUUAUAAAUUGUUUGUUUCCCCAUCUUAAAAAGGGGAUAAUGAUACCUACCUAUCUUUGAAAAGUAAAGUGCUUUGAGAGCUACUAAUGAAAAAGCACUUUAUAAGAGCUAGGGUAUUAUAUUAUUGUAAAUACUGGCAAGGUGAAUGCAUAUUUCUUAGUUCAAAUGUUUGUACAGUCAGCAUUCUAUGACUAUUAAUUACACUUCCUCUUUGGUAUAAAAUGUUCUUUUGCAGAAACAUGGUAUCUUAUUCAUAUUAAUAUUAAAAAUAAAAUAAAACAACCAUCUCACAACUCAACAUUUUCCAUUUUAACAAGAAGUAACUAAGUCUAAGAAUGCCUUGUUGAUUGAGAUACAGUGUAUAAUUGUUUGCAUAAAAUUCAGAACAACACAUCUAAAAUAAAAUGUAUGUUUCUUUCUAUGCUGGAGGUUGUCUGAUAAUGUAAUAGCAUCCACAAUUAAUACCUGAUCCUGCAAACCUUACUCGUUCAGACAAUUCGUAUUCAGGCAAGUAGUUCCAUUGAGUUCAAAAGGACUGCUGGCAUGAGUGGGAAUUACUCAGGUAAGGGUUGAUGAAUCAGCCCCCUAGCCUGUAAGUUCCCAAACAAGGGGACUUUUAGAUUUACUAUAAAUAUAAGUAAGGUAUUUAUACUGAGUAUAAUGUAAUCAACAAUGAAGUAUUUUCUUGGGUAUAUCACUGUAGCAUAAUUUACAAUUUUAUUUAUUAAACUCAAGACUGCAUCAUUCUUCAGAUAACUGACAGUAAAAACACCUUUAAAACUGUAUCACAAUCUGUAUCAUAAAGGUCUCUGAUGUCUAUUUCAAUGUGUUUUCAAAAGAAACAGUGGCAUGGGAAGUUUACAGCAUUUAAUAAGAAAAUAAAGUACAGUAGAUAUA